ACUGUGAAAUUGAGGAUGGCUUGUUUCUUGUCUUUAAUACUUGUAUUAGCGAUAUUUGGAAACGUGAUCGCUUUGACUGAGGUGGAGCAAGCGUGCAUUAAUAGAUAUUCUGAGCCUUUUGACAACAAUUUUCUAAUUGGAACUUGGUAUGAUGUUUACAAAUUUGCAAUUUUCUUGAACUUGGUGCCUUCAAGUUCAUGUACUAAGACAGUGAUGACGAAGGCGUCGCCUUCUGAUGUCCAGAGAUAUGUGGACGCUUACAAAUCGAAGAACCCAUAUUCCUUUGAUGAUAAUCCAAUCUUAUUGGACCGACAUAAUGGAAAUUAUAAAAGUAUGAUAAUGGGCCAUAACCAAGUGAAAUUUCUCAUAUACGAUCCAGAAUCCGUUUUUUUCUCGGAAGACAGUUAUGAGGCAAGAGUAUAUACGAAAGUGAACGAUGAUUAUAUGUUAUUCCAUAAAUGUUCAUUACGUGGUCAUCAGAAAUGGUUGAUGUCGAGAAAGAACAGCACGACUAUUGAAGAAUUAGAUGCAGUGCUCAAGUCUAUACAGUCUGAAAUAAGAAACCUUGAAACCCAAAGAUAUUGUGCUUAACUAAGUGAUGUGAUU